AUGUUGCAAAGGAACCUGCCGAGUCUCUCCCUCCGGAUAAGCCCGCCGGCCGGCUCGUCGAAGGCAUCCUCAGGCCCGCCCGCGGCGGUGGGGAAGCCACUGAGGUCGAUGGCACCAGCCGCGGGGACUGACGCGGAGGGAAGCGGCGAGGUAGGGUUCUUUGCAAACCCUAGCUCCGGCGCCGAUCCCCCGGGCCUGAGCCUGGGGCUCGGGACGUUGACGGCGCGCGCCGACGCCGGCCGCCACGGCCACCCGCAGGCGCCGCUGGGAUGCGCGUUCAAGCGCGCGGCCCCCGGCAGGGCCUCGCAGCCCGGCGGCUCGAAGAGGAGCGUCCGGGCGCCGCGGAUGCGGUGGACCACCGCGCUCCACGCGCGGUUCAUGCACGCCGUCCAGCUCCUCGGCGGCCACGAGAGAGCGACGCCGAAGUCGGUGCUGGAGCUGAUGAACGUCAAGGAUCUGACGCUGGCGCACGUCAAGAGCCACCUGCAGAUGUAUAGGACGGUGAAGGGCACAGACAGAUCGUCGCAGAUCGCCACAGGCGAGCAGCAGAUGAUGGUGGUGGACGCAGGAGGAGGAAGAGGAUGUGGUGGUGGUGGCGGUGGUGGAGUGGUGGCGACGCUGCCUGCUUGUGAUGUCGACAUGGCUGGCUUCUGCGGCGCGCCUGCGGCAGCCGCGGCAUCUGCGCCGCCUGCCGCGACGACUAGUUCCGCUGCGCAUUUCCUCUGUGCGUCAGCAACAGGAGCGGCAGCGGCUGCAGCGGCUCCACUGGUGGCGCUGGUACCAUCGCCUCCUCCUCCACCCAUCCCCCCGAGGAGAGCUGACCACGCAGCAGUGGCUCUCGAGAAAGGCGUCGCCAUUGUUGACCCAUUGCACCGGUGUCAGAAGCUUGAUUACUCAGCAGCGCUCCAAGAUACUCCCCAGGAAGCUAAAGAGGAGCCAGCCGGUCGCCUGCCGAUGGGGGUACAUGGGGGCGUGGAGGGGGCGAUCUCUGGGAACUACUGUUCAAGCCCUGCGAGCUCGUCUCCAUCUCUUGCAAGCUUCGAGCUGCUCGCGGACGACACCUUCGCGCCCAACCUGGAGAUAUCGCUUGGGAGGCACGACUGGGGCAUGGAGCACCCGGAGGAACUGAGCCUGAAAUACCUGUGA